GCCACGUGCCUUGCAGUUCGAUAUUCAUUUUUUUGCCUUACGCCAGGAUUCGCAUCUAUCCAUAAUACUACUAAGGGUGCUACACGGCCGGGUACGAGCAUUCUUCGAGUUAUACAGCCUUAGCUUAUUUUAAAUCUCAACAAAAUAUUUCUAGAAACCUGCACAGGUAGAGCGUUUGAUAGAUAGGUACUUUUCCAGACACAACUUGUCAAUUAUCCACUUGCGGCUCUUCAACGACCAAAAUAGGUAAUUAUCAUGUGCUUUCGGCAGGAUUUUAGGCGGGUCUUCCCUGGGGGUUUCACGGCGCAGGUAGUGUUGAUGGCCCCCGAUUGAUUCGAUUUUGAUGUGUCAAGUACGACGGAUCACACGUCUUGGCUCACAGGGGUGACGAAUCCUAAUACAUAAAACUCUAGAGAUAUUCAACGAAAAUAGGACUGCUCUCUUGAUUUUCUCCGUACGCCGAAAAUAUGUAGGUUUCUUCAUCUACCUUUUCCCUAGUUGAACCCGACUUCUACAUCCCUCUUCUUGCAAUGGCGACGACAACGUUAGUAAACUCCUGGACUCCAACUUUGUCAGGAUGUCUCAGGACCAGCGAUUACUGGAUUUGGGAUUAUGAAGUGGACAUGGAUCAGCGAACAGUUUUAGGAGGCCCAUCGCAAAUUCAGAAUUGCCUUCCUUCUUCUUGGGGUGGUACUGUCACGUACUCGGGAACGGGGUGUCCUCCCGAGUAUACGUCUGCCUGUCAAGGCACAGACUCGGCAUCAGCGGUCACAUGCUGCCCUCGGGCAUAUGGAUUUACAUGUCAGCCCACAACAACCGGCGGACUUCAUCGGGAGAGUUUUCGCUGUAUGUCACAGCAAACCGGCACGGACACGAUACACGUUACGCGGACAGCUUUGCAAACUAAUACGAUAGCCUUUGAGACUAGAGUUGAGGCUACGUCUCUCCAUUUAUUCGCAUUAGCAAUCAUAUACACGACACCAGCCUCGACAGCGACAGAUGGUUCUUCGAUUGCAACAGGUUCUACAACUGGGACCUCCUCAACUCCCGAGACUUCGUCUGGAAAUAAUUCCGCGGCCCUUAGCCCCGGUCAAGCCGCGGGUAUCGGGGUCGGUGCCGGAGUAGGAGUCCUCCUUUUAGGAUCUAUUGUAGCAUUCAUUCUAUGGAGACGGAGCGCGCUAUUGAAACGCGCUGAGAAUACGCCGAAUGUGGCUCAAUACACGAAUUACCCCCCGCCCCCAAAGCCAAGAGAGCUACCCACAAAUAGUGAGCCAUCAGAACUGGACGCGUUCUCUGUUAGAUGAGUACAAGCUUAGUCUUUGGUAUGAUUGGAUAUGAGAGGAAAAUCUAUUAAUGAAGGAGACUUGAUGGCGCUACCUAGGCGGGCCAAUGGGAAAAAGGGGGCCACACCACAGAUACCGCCACCACAAAAUCUGAGAUCACUCAGUAACUUAUUAAUAUGCACAACUACAGCUUUCUGGCAAAUAUUGGCAAAUUUGUAUAUAAUUUAAUAGUAAAUAGAAUUUAAAGAGCGUAUAUCAGUGC